AUGGCCUCUAUUGAUGAAUUUAAAGUUGUUUCUGGUCUUGCUCCUAGUUUACCUAAGAGCACCACUUACUUGUGUAAUUUUCGCGAUUCUAUCAAGAGGGCUAUUUUAGAGGUACUUCCAUUUGAAGAAGGUAGUCUCCCGGUGAAAUACCUUGGAGUACCUCUAGUAUCAUCUAGGGUGAAAUUCAGAAAUGAAGGGCCAAAGUUUAUUGGGAUGAUGUUUGUUUACCUAAAGAAGAGGGUGGUGUUGGUAUUCGUAAGAUUUGGCCUUUUAACGUGGCUCUAUUUUCAGUACAUAUAUGGAACAUCCUUAGUUCAUAUAUGGAACAUCCUUACUGAUAAGGAGUCGCUUUGGGUAAAAUGGGUUCAUACAAAUAAAUUACGAGGUGCGAGUUUCUGGAAUCUUCCAUAUCGUGGUAAGUUAUCUUGGAGUUGGAGGAAACUACUUCAGGUUCAACCAAUUCUUCAUAAUUUUAUUUGGGUUAAGAUUGGUGAUGGCCAAACUGUUUCUGCUUGGUAUGAUGUUUGGUGUAAUGUUGGUCCAUUAUCCGACCGGAUCACCCCAAGAGAAAUACAUAGUGCUGGGUUCACAAUUGAUUCCAAAGUCUCUAAUUUAGUCACUAAUGGUGUUUGGCAAGGGCCUAGUGAUUGGACUAGUCAACUUACUGUUUGGAAUCGAGUUAAUCAAAAAGCUGGAUCCCAACCGCGGCCGCAUAGAUGGGACUUGAUUGUAGAUAAUCUCUUACAAAGAGCUAAGAAGAAAUCGAUUCUUAAUGUUGUUGAUAAGCUUUGUCUAGCUGCGACAGUUUAUUUCAUUUGGCAAGAAUAG